AUGUAUGGACCUCAUAUGACUGUUAUACGCCACAUCCGGCAGGCGUCGUCGACCUACGAGCUGAAGGAUGCGCGCAGACAGACGGUGUCGCGGAAGUUGGAUGAUAUACGCCGCAUGCUCUUAUACUUUGGCAUCAGCGUUGAGAACCCCAUCUUUGUACUUAAUCAGGAAGCUUCGCGCGAGUUCCUCAAAGAUCUCGAACCGGCUUCGAAUUAUAAAUUGCUUAUGAAGGCAACGCAGCUGGAUUUAUGCGCUACCAGCUUAACGCAAUGUCAUGAGCAAAGUGAACACUUUAAUCAGGAUGUGGACAUACUUCAAAUGAAAAAGAAAAAGCUGUCAAAUGCGUGCCGGGAGGAGGAGGAAAAGCUAACAAUGCUCAAAAAUAAAGAAGCUAUAAAGGUUCAAUUAAAAGAUGCUAAUACCAUGCUGGCCUGGUUAAAAGUAACUAGAAUCCAGACUGAACUCACGAAAAUGGAGCAUUCUCUUAAAAUCAUUGAGAAGAAGAACUGUGAACUAUUGGAGAAAACAACGCAAAAGGACUUGACCCACGAUUCCCUUUCAAAACAAAUAGAAGUUUUUAAUGCUGCGAAGGAAGAAAUUCAAAAGAGAUAUGAAGCUCAAGAUGCUAAGCUAAGAUCCGCAAAACGAGUCGUUCAAGAUUGCCUCAUGAAAGGCAGUUCAAUCAGAGCGAACAUUAAUAAUGUAGAUAAACGUCUGAAGGAAGAACAGGCUACCUACGAAGGCUGUAAAAAUCAUAUGAAUAACUAUCAUGCUGACUAUAACGAGGUCAAGCGACUGCGAGAGAGCAAUAACGCCAAACUGGCGGAGCUCAAAGCAAAGGUGGAAGAAAAAAAUAAUCUCAUUGCACAGCUGCGAGAAGAACAGAACGACGUGAAGGGUCGUUUGCCGGCUGCUAAAGAGCAUGUGGAAUAUGUGAGAAAUGAGCUCGUCCAAUUGCAAAAAAAAGAACAAUCGCUUCAACUUGAAAUGGAAUCGCUGUUGCGCAAUAAAUCGAAUAAGAUGUCUGUGUAUGGUGACAAUGCACUGAAAGUAGCUUUGGCUCUGAAGAACCAAUACGGGAAGAACGAUCACCUAAUGCCACGCGGACCGAUUGGCAUGUGUAUAACAGUGCCUAAUUCCAAGUACCGAGACCUGAUCGAGAAUCAACUGUCGCAUUGUUUACGUUCCUAUAUUGUUAACAGCGACAAGGAUCGCAUAUCAUUACGAGCUAUUUUGCAGAGAACAUAUACAAGCGGCAUACCCACAAUUGUCACUAGUGCCUUUUCAAAUCGAGUUUACAAUGUUUCCAAGCAUAAAGUACGAGCCAGUGGACCAAAUAUGACAGUGCUGAUGGAUGAGAUAAGGUGUGAUGAUCCAGUUGUAAUGAAUUAUCUUAUUGAUACCAUGCGCAUUGAGACGGUGUUGGUUACCGAUUCUAAAGAGACUGCCGAAUUUCUGACUUCAAACUCCGAAAAUAUACCCCCAAAUAUGUCUCGGGUAUUGGUACCAAAUCUUGAACUGGAAUAUUGUCCCUCGCCAAACUAUGCUGUUUACUCCAUUCGCAUAAAUUCAGCCAGAUUCAUUCAGGUCAAUGUUGAUGAUCGAAUUCAACAAAUGAAUGCCGAGCAAGCAAAUGUACGAGAGCGCAGUGCGAUGCUACAGCCCCAAUACGCUGAUUUUAAAAGAGCGCUUGAUAUCGAUAUUCAAGCGAUAAAGCAAAAAAGUGCGCAAAUUGAGGCACAUCAUUCCGAGAUAACAAAAUCCUUACCAAAAAUUAUGGAUAUUGAAAAUUUCGAAUACCGCGAAUUACCCGCACUAAAUGUGCUUGAAACCCAUUUAGCCAGCAGUGCUGAGAAAAUGGAAAAGUGCAAGCAGGAAUACAAACAUUUUGAAGAACAACUACGAGAGAUCAAUGAACGUAAAGCGCUCGCUGAGCAUGAAGUAAAUGGUGAACAAAGUGCACUCCACCUAAUAAACCAAAAAGCAUUGGAAAUUGACGCAGAGCAACAAGAAUUGCAAAAUAAAAUUCGCGAUUUAGAUCGUAAUUUUGAAGAAAAUCAGCGUCGUUUCAAGAAAACAAACGAAUUGAUGCAAUCGAUGUUGGGAGAACAAAAGGAUUUGACGAAGAAUUUGGAAAACGCACGUCAAGAGGCCGAAAAAGUUGGUGACUUCAUCGAAACCAAUAAAACGGAGGAGCGAAUUCGCGAUAAGAUCAGUAAUUAUAAAGCAAAGAUCAAACAUUUCGAGUCUAUGAAUAUUGUCAGUGAAGAGGUGCAAAGCAAACUAGCAUCACUUCACGAAGAUCUUCAAGCACUAACAGAACAUUUGAAUCAAAUUUUAAGUAUUGUGGAAAAAUUGCGUUUAGCAUAUCGUACUCGCGCCCAGCGCUUCUUACGCUCGCGAUUUCACUUUUUUACCAUGGUUCAAUUUCAAUUCAAGCAAGCGCUCGCGUGUCGAAGAUUUGAUGGAGAUUUGACACCUGAUCAUAAGCAAAAAACUUUAGAAAUAAAAGUUUACCCACCGAGUGGUAAUAAGACGGCCAAUACGAAAAGUUUAUCCGGCGGCGAAAGGUCAUUCACGACGGUUUCCUUAUUGAAAGGUCUUUGGAGUACCUCUGAUCAUCCAUUUUAUUUUUUAGAUGAAUAUGACGUUUUUACAGAUGAAGUGAAUCGGACGUUUAUUACAAAACUACUUAUACAAGAGGGUUUGGAUUUUCAAAACAGACAGUAUUGUUUUCUCACACCUCAGGACACUAAAGUUGAUGCCCACCCCUUGAUUAAAAUUCACAAACUAGCGACACCAGAACAUUAAAGUGUGACAGGAAGUUGUAAAGUUGCUAGACAACGAUAUGGCGUUUCAAAAAAUUUGAUUUGUUACAUUAUUAUUAUUUACAAUAAAGUUUAGUGUUUAAUAAA